AUGGACAACAUGGAGCCUAGCACUGGCGCAACCCCACUUCAGGAUCAGGCGCUGGCCGUGCAGUCGGCUGGUGCGGCCGACGGGCCGUGCCAACGGCAGCUCGCCGUGGCAGAGGCGAAGCGUUUACUGCGGCUCGGUGGGCCGAUCAUCAUCAGCUGCCUCCUGAUGAACCUCCUUAACGUGGUGUCCAUCAUGGUCGUCGGUCACCUCGGCGAGGUCCGCCUGGCCGGCGUGUCCCUGGCUAUUUCCUUAGCCAACGUCACCGGAUACAUUGUCCUCACCGGCAUGGCGACGGCGCUGGACACGCUGUGCGGGCAAGCGUUCGGCGCGGGGCAGCACGGCCUCCUCUGCAUCUACACGCAGCGCACGAUGGUCGUGCUCGCGCUGGCCUGCGUCCCAAUCGUCGCCGUCUGGGCUAACGCCACCCGGAUCCUGGUGUUCCUCGGCCAGGACCGGGCCAUCGCGGCGGUGGCCGGCGAGUUCACCCGAUGGCUGAUCCCGUCGCUCGGGGCGUACGUGCCGCUGCUCUGCCACGUGCGCUUCCUGCAGGCGCAGAGCCUCGUGCUGCCCAUCACGGCUAGCUCCGUCGUCGCCGUGCUCUGCCACGUUCCCGUGUGCUGGGCCAUGGUGUACAAGACCGGCAUGGGGAGCAACGGUGCCGCGGUAAGCUACACUAUCUCCUGCGGUGUCAGCGUGGCCAUCUUGGCGCUGUACGUGAGGCUUUCCAGCAGGUGCGAGAACACAUGGACUGGAUUCUCCGUGCAGGCAUUCAAGGGUCUAGGCCAGAUCGCCAAGCUCGCCCUGCCAUCGGCCAUGAUGAUCUGCCUGGAGUGGUGGUCAUUUGAAAUUCUUAUAUUUCUAUCUGGACUUCUACCAAAUCCAGAGCUUGAGACAUCGCGCUAG